AUGUUCUAUGCCUUUUUCCUACCCAUUGCUGGGUUAACACUAUUCUCAAUUCCAAUCCACGUCUACACCAUCCUCAUUAUCCUAAAGAAAUCCCGCUUGGCCUUCUCGGUGCGUGUGCUGAUGGUGGCGCUGGCCGUACUGCGACUGGCCAGCGCCAUAUCGCGCAGCUUCUUUGCAAUGUGCACGCAUCGCACAAAUUGUUGGCAUCAAAUGGCUGGGUAUGCCUACGCGACAUUAACAAAUAUUGUCGUCACCACCUUCUACAUGGUCGUCAAUCGGGCGAUGGUUUUUUUGGAACUCGGACUUUCCAUCAACAGGUUGCGUAGCGCGUGGCUUUUUGGAUCA